UGUGUUCCUCACUGUUCCUCGAGGAGGGACCGGACGAGCUCACGGCAGUCGCUCCCGGUACCUCUGGUUCUACCUCCUAGUACAGUCACAUAUUUUCUCAUUAAAUUAUACAUUACUUAAUUAACAAAACUCCUUUAUACCCGGGCUUGCAGUGAAUUCACGUGAGAAGGUGCAUCCGCGAGGACGAGCAUCUGUGACUCUGGAUUUAGAAGACAGGCUACAAAGUAAUAAACAUAGUUCGGAGCUAAAUUCUUUUUAUCUCUGCCGUUGGAAGUGAAAGGAAAGCAUACGUAAAUUAGCAGUUGGCCAGUACAAGUCGAAGAAUGUGGAAGGAAAGGAUAAGGUGGAGAACUAGUGCCGAUCGUUUUGGAAUCGUGUAGUGCAUCGACUAGAUUUGCGUUACGCGAAGUAGAUUUAAAGAACGAGGCUAUCAAAGUUGACACUGUUUUAAAAUUCUGCAAUGAAUCUACCGCAUAUACCGCAAGUGUAUUGUAGAUGAACGUUAGAAACCACUUGCAUUACAAUGAAGAAUACGUACCAGAGGAUCCUAUUGUUAACGAAGUGGUCCGAGUAAAGAAUAUUACCUUGUUUUGACAUGCAAAUGAUUUCUUUAAUUUGGUACACAAUAAAAAAUCGUUCAAGUCGAGUGUUCCGAGAACAGUGCUCGGAUUGUUUGAAGGGAGCUGACGAAACACCUUGUCAAAUACGUGUAUGGAUAUGAAGACUUAUUCUAGUAAUAAUGAGUUUAGCCGCGACGCAGCUAAAUGCAUGUUAUAAUAUAUGAAUUGGAAAUGACACUUGUCAUUCAAUGACAGCCCUUGAUGAAAACGUUAAACAAUCUAACUAUACGAAUUCCAAGUUGUUGGCCAGUUUUAUAAACUCUGUGCAAUCAACCCAGGACUGAAUCAAUUAUUGAACAUUGUACCAUUAAGAAGAACUCGCUAAAUGAAAGGGCUUAACCAAUGUCAACUAUAAUGCUCAAUGGGAACUUAAAAGAGACCGGCAGUAAGGGCUGCCUAACCAUCACUUUUCCAAACAUCGACCGAGGAGAAAAUGACAAGGCCACGAGCAUUAAUCAGAGACCAGAAGGAAAAACCUGGGUUUCCCUGGAAGAGGUUCCGAAUAAGUUGACAAAGUCGACGCAGAUAGACUUUUCGCAGUCCACUUGGAAGCUCGGAAAUCCUUCGCACAAGUUAAGGCCAAUGUCUGCCACGUACUUGCAAAAGUCGAAUCAAUUAGGCGACUCGAGUUACACUCCAAAACAAAUCUUGCACUCGGCCCAGAGUGAAAUUAUACUUAGCCCAAGGAACAGGCAUCACAGUAAGUACGUGGCCUUGGAUAUGAUGAAACCCAUCCCGAGCCCUCCAUAUAGUCCCUAUUCGGGAAGCCAGUUAUCUGGUAGCAAUACUCCUUGCACGUGUUGCUGUGCCUGUGGCUCGCAUGUUCCACAAUCGCCGGUGCCUCCGAAUUCCGAAGAGCAAGAUGGACCCGAGGGACUCUCUUGGAGGAGGCUGCACAUGAGUAGGGCUAAACUGAAAGCUACUGCAACUACGUCGGAGUUACUCAGCGGGUUUGCGAUGGUGGCAAUGGUUGAGCUUCAGAUAAAUGACCCCACAGAGGUGCCAGAAUGGCUAUUCAUCAUGUUUGCCGUGUGCACGACCGUCCUCGUUUCUGUUCAUAUCUUCGCCCUAAUGAUAAGCACGUAUCUAUUACCGAAUAUAGAGGCAAUUAGCAAACUUCAAGUGGCGCGUCUGGUUACGGAGUCACCUCACGAGAGGAUGCGUGGUUUCAUAGAAUUAGCGUGGGCAUUUUCGACAGUACUGGGACUCUUUCUAUUCCUGGUCGAGGUCGCCAUCCUUUGCUGGGUCAAGUUCUGGGACUACUCUACUACUGCUGCCACGGCCAGCACCAUCAUAGUGAUACCAGUAUUGAUAGUAUUCGUGGCAUUCGCGGUGCACUUUUACCACUCGUUGGUCGUAUACAAGUGCGAGUCCUCCGUGUCGGAUAUGAAUGAACUGGAGAGCAUUAAAAGGAACCUGGACAAUGUGACAAUAGGGCAAACCAAUGUUUAAUCUCUAGAUCCAGAUAACUCGUUAAGUUGAACUAGACUAGACUAUUUCAAAAAAAUACUAGAAUAUUUAGAAAAUACGCCUACUAUAAUCACGUACUUAAAAAUGAUAUGGCAUAGACAGAAUAGAUGUAUACACUUCCCAGUCCCAUGCCCGGUUCUACCAACUUUGGUUAAAAAGCUAAUCCUCAGUUACAAUGAGUGCACGUUCCACCACAUUUUAACGGCGAGUUAAUUUCCAUUAACCGACGUCUAGGGUAACUAGUCAAAUUCGAUCGUUUAGCUUCAUUUAAUCGUACAUUAAUCUAAAAACUGCACAAACGUGAGGAAAACAUGGAUUAGAUUCAGGAUGUAUUAGCAUCAUCUUAUGACGAAACGAAUGAAGACGUCUUUUGACUUAAUUUACAAUUUCUUAAUGAUCGAAGUACGCUUGAUAAUAUUUUAUAUUAAUUCUUAACCAAAGAACUUUACUUCUUGCACAAAGCUAGGGGAACUUCGUGUCUCGACAAAAGCGCAUCUGUCUUGCUUUCUAGUCGAUCAGAGUAUUAGCCAAUCACGCGAAUGUGUUCACCGAUGAUUCAACUUACUUCGAACGGUGUAUACGAUUAGUUAAUCCCGCUCUAAAUAAAUGUGGGGGAACAUUUACGUUUUUAACCCAUGAUUAACUUGAACGUUAACAUUAACCUGCGUUUAGGUAAUCAAUGAUUUAAUCGAAGUUGGUGGAACCAGGCACCAGUCACGAAGGCCCCACAUUUUCUUUCAUUUUUCCUGAUAUCUUUUCCGAGUAUCUUCUGUUUAAUUCCAUAUACUGUAGCGAUGGUUUUGAAAAUCACGGAGUCAUGACAGUACGUCUUAAACAAAGAAAUGCGUUUAUUACUAGGAUUUUCAGGUCGACCUCGAGCACUUGUAAAAAAGGAAAAUAAUACUCAAUUCAUUUAAUAACUUCUGAAAGUGAUAAUGAUAACGUGAAAUAACUAUUGAGCGACGUGCUCCUUUAUUUCACGGAUCAAAUUAUAUCUACAGCCUGAUUUUAAACUUGUUUAUCAUGGGUCACCCCAAGACUAACAAAUUUUUUAAAUAUAUUCCAGUCUCAAAUUCAACGUCAAAAAUGAUGAUACUUGAAAGUACAAGAGAAUCGUAAAAAACCAAGUCAUUAGUGCGCUAUCUAGAUGGUAGUGUUAUUACGUGUCACAUCUACAUUACUAUCUUGUAUUAAGCGGUACAAUACUUUGCAACAAAAUAUUACUUUUGUACCGUGUUGCAGUAAAAAAUAACGCGUCUUUUUCCUGCUUGGUUCCUAUUAUUUUUAUCACGUAUAACUAGAAAGAAAAAUAGAAUGUAUCCCUUGAUACCAAUAUUUAUUUAAGUAAAUUAUUGAAUUAUUUAUUUUUUAAUUCCUAUCUAUAUUCUUAGCGUUACAUUUGUAUUAGAAAUAAGGUAAACACAUCCACAUAUACUGUGGACAAGAUACAUCGUCUUGUCACUACUCGCCAUUAUAGGUGAGAAAUUUCUGCUCAAAGAGAUCCUUUGGCUAAUAAUUUAAAUGAGACAACGAAGUACUCGUUUAAGAACUCAUUAUCGAAAUAGUGUUGAGUGCAAAAGCUUAAAGUUUUGUUCAACAAUUAAUUUCAAUUUAACAAUAUGUAACUCAUAGAAGGGUAGGUGAUUUCUUAUUUGAAUUUGUACAAACAGAUUUUCCUAUGUAAACAAUACAUUAAUAAGACACACCAUUAUUUGGUAAUUAUUUACUGUUAUUCUUUUUUUUUUAAUAUUAUUUACUCGUAACAUCUAUUAGCUUAUAAAUGUCAAAGAGCAACAAGAAUGCAAUCAAAGCGUGAUUCCUAAACCCUUUAGCACCAAAAAGGGAAACAUUACGUUCCCACUAAAAUAAAACUCUAAUGGCUUCAAACUGAUAGCAAUUCUACAUCCUCUAUCCUUUGAAUAACCAAUAAAAACCGGUAUUUAAACAUUAACAGAUAAGGGGCUUUAGAAUACCUUAAAUUUGCAUAUGCUAAACAUCGCAUUCAUUACCGUCACACUUAUACUUACAUUUUAAUUCUACUACGUAGAAUUUAUAAUUUCUACGCGUUAAAAUUCUCCAGUACUAGAGCGUUAAGUCGUCGUAGGAAAUAAGAAAUUCGUACCAAGUUAUUUAUUUUUAAACACCGCCAUACGAAUACGGGCAUGUGUUUAUUAUAUAUAAAAAUGUACAUGGCUGUACAUAUGCAAGUUGAGAAUUGCAGCAGUACAAGCGAGUGCUUUUUAGGAUAAUAACACUAUGUUACUUAAUAAUUAUAUUCCGUUAAGGUUCAAAUCUUCGAAUUUUAUUUAAACCUGCUUAUUUGUUUGUUCACUUUGUUCUAUCCAUAAGUUGUAACUCUAAUGUAUCGACACUUUAAGUUAAAUUCUUUCGCAUGUUUUGUGGAAGAACUGGAAGAGAAACGAAUUGUAUCGAGAUACAUGCCUCUAUCUUCAUUUGGAGAGCAAACAUCGAUUGCCUAUCACAUUAUUAAUGCGCCUUCGAGUAAUAAUAAAUGUGUAUUUCAAGUUAGGUCAGUCAUCGCUCGCUGAUUGACGAUUUGUUAAUUGCCGAAUUUCACGAAUUACACAGCACGUCUUCUCCCAUUUCUUCCUCAAUCCAGUUGUAUAGUCUUAUGGUAAUCAAUAACCGCUACAAUAUCGCGUUGUCGUUCCUCCUUGUACAAAAAGAGCUCUGUACCAUAAAAUGGGAUGGUAAUAAUUACAACUGAAUAAGGACGAAGGAUUACUAGAAGCACACCGCGAUUCCGUGAGAAACGAACGCAAGAGUGUGACAUGUAUUCAUGUAUUCGCUUAUUGCACAAUGCCUCGCUUCCAAAUUUUACGGUUUUAUUCUAUUACAUCUACUACGUACAUAAUUUCACGGCUUUUGUUAUUCGAAUGGUUAUCUCGAAAUUGAUCAGAUCGUCUCCCUUCAAGGAUAGAGCGAGGUAUUUCAAGGGCUUCAAGUUUUGUUUUUGUCAUUCCAAAAUCGAUACACAUCGACUAAUUGAUUACUGUGCUUCGAAGCACUAUUACGUUGGCCAUUCUAAACAUUUCAAUAGUAUUUUUAACAUCCCAAAGCGUGUAUCGAAAUACGUUUAACCGAGGCAGGACAUCAUGACAAUCGUAAUGACUUAAGAGAAAUUGUCAAGUAAAAGAAGAGUAACACGACAGAUCUCAUGUGUUAAGCCUUCUUUGAUAUUAUGUUUCGUACCUAUUAACUAAAUGUCUGGCGCCUCGGUUCUUUUUUCAAGUAUUUGGAUACAUAUUUUGUGUCAAAAAUACUUGCCUAUCUACAAUACUAGACAUGAAGGUAAUAUUCUGAAAGAAAUUCGUCACUUUUGUAACGCCAAAAACAACCUUGGAGACCAUUUAAGGCAUUUCUUCGCGAGAAUCUGGGCUUUGUUAUCUAUUUCAAGUAACAUUUGAGAAAAUUCAUUCAAUGAAUUUAAUGCUGUCCUAUUUAACUACUGAUACGAGAGCAUCUGUACAUUAUCAAACCUCCAUUUAAUUUCAGGAAAAUACGUGAAAAGUUUCCAAUUAUAGGGGUAAGAAUAAGCUGAAGAACACGUAUCCAUUGUUUUUCACGACAUGAUUUUCACAUUCUAGUGAAUAAACAAUUGUACGAUGUACCUUCAACAUGUGAAGGUAAUUUCCAUUAUUAUCGUUUGCCUUUUCGCAUCUCUAAUUUCGAAGACAUUCACGUUUUUCGAAAUUAAUAUUAAAAUCACCUCCUCAUCGAAUAUACAUGUGUGUAUAUAUUUGCAUCUUUUUUCACCCACUUCGGUAAAUAUUGAAAUUAUAGAUUAUUUCUAUUGCCCUAAGGCAGCUUAGUAAAAGUCUCUAAUUCAUUGAUAGUAUAAGCGAAUAUAUGUGCCUCUAACAAAAGUGAAUCGUAUAAAAAGUAAAAAUCUCUUAUUUAUUCUUCGAAAUAUAUGCUAUGGUACCUUUUAUAAGUUUAUUUAAAAUAUAAUUCACAGACCUUUCAAUAUUGAGAAUACCGAAAUUCCAGCUGUCGUUAAUACCACAUCACGUUUUACCAUUUAAGUGUUAGAAAUGUUUGCUAUAAUGUAACGUAACCACAUAAUUUCUAAGAUUAGCAACGUUUAAACUAAAGUAAUGAGAAUACCUAUUAUAGAACGUGUACGUUCCACUUGUACUCGCUAUUUGGUAAGUACCGUACUGGAGUAGAUCGAUUUCAAGCUCAUUUAUUAUCGACGUGAAAAAGGCAUUGGCAUCGUUACUAUUCUUUCCUGAAAUUGCAUUUUUCAUUUGUCAUUUUACAAUUUUGAAAAAAAUCAACUUCUACAAGCAGGGAGACGCUGUAGGCUCCGUACUACUCUUAAAAAUUUGGAGAGCAUACGCCUAAUCAUUUCCUAUUAACAUGACUUUCCUGAUACAUACUUUGUUAUAUAAAAACCAUGUCAUGAACAAACGUGAACGCGAGUUAUGACAUUAAAAACAACAUUUGGAACAACACUUGACUACUAAUUUGACAGCGAUCUUUCCCGCGAAAGGAAUCAUAGGACAAAGAGGAAUGAAAACGUCAUUGACCAAACCUGAUAUGCUUAAUUUGUAUGAAAAUGUUAAAAGUGAACGACUUACUCUAUUGCGUAAAACGUGACAUGUCGAGAAAUCAGGUUGACUGCGAAAGCUAAAAACAUUCUCAAUCUGCAGCCAGGAGAAAUGUCUUACUCCGAUACAUAUUUUCCACAUCUAUGAUCUCAUAUAUUCACUUGACAAUUCCAUGGUAAUGAAUCAAUUUACACGAGACACAACUUCGUAAACCCCCACGUUACACCAAAUUCGCAGUAGGCUUUUGGUAUGAGUACUAAAAUAUGUCACAAUUACAAUACUUAUCGCGUGUACUGUAUCUGUGAGAUAUUGUAAUAAGCACCUGAAUCAGACUCUCGCAAAAAGACGCCUUUUAUUUAUGUAUAUAUAUAUAAAAAAGAAGAAAAAAGAGAGAGAGAGAGAGAGACAGAGAGAGACAGA